UUUCUUUCUCCUUCUCAAAUAAGUUUAAAAAAGAUAAAACAUUUUUAAAAAAAGAGCUGAGAGUUUAUGUCUGUUCCCCUUGAAUUUUGCUUCCUUCAGGGACUUGAUGAAAACAUCAAAUGCAACAGAAGUGACAUGCCUAACUAUCUGGAUUAAGUUUGAUAGGCCAUGUAGCUGCCUCCUGGUUGUCUUGGGCUGCUGGCUUUGUAGCCUUGAGUUGCUGUGUAAGCAACCCAAGUGCACUGGAGUCCACAGUCUACAUGAAGCAGCAAUGCAUCGGAGCUCUAGCCCACGGCACCAGGUGUGGUCCCAUCCCGCAGAUUCAGUCGCCUACAUUCAGUCAUAAGAAAUGUGUAUGAAACAGCAUCCAAAUCUUUCCUCAGCUGUCCAGUCAUCCCCAGCUAUUGAGUCCUUCUGAUCAAGGCCUCAGAGGUGGUAGAGCAAAGACAAGACUUUCACAUUGGCUCAUUCAGUGAGCCUUAAAAAAAUGAGUGUUGUAUCUUACUGUGUUUUGAGAUAUGAUUUAUGCUGCAGUGGUAAGCAGAGCACAGUAUUAAUGUAACAGUAAUGAAGAUAUUUUCCUUUCAAUUUUCCUAUUUAAAAAGAAAAACAAAACAAACCUACUGAUAUUAUGAAGUGCCUGUGUCUUAGAAUAAUAAUGUCUGCAUAAGAACUUCAGAGCCCACUGAAAGGAGAUGGAAAGGCAGACCUCACACCCAGCUAAGGAGAAAGCAUGCGGCCAUCAAGUGCAAACAGUUGAGCUGCAUUCACAAGAACCUUCCAGCUGGCUAGUGCCCCAGCUUUCCUCAUCAGACCAUCAGCAGAACAAAGCCUGCAAAUAUGCUUGUCAGUUGAUUGCACUCAUUGUUUCUUCUGACCUCCACCUGCAGCUCCUCCUUCCCUUUAAAAGCCCUUUUUGGUGGCUGCUUGGGCAGACAGAGCAUGUUUUGGAUUCAGGGGUCACUCUUGCCUCAAGGCUGCCAGCUUGAACGAAACCCAGUUCUCAUCUGGUGAGUCGGCUGUCCAGCAGAGAGCAGCAAGAACCUGAUGUUUCUUGCCCAGUGACAUCAAGGGUGUAGCCAGGGGAGUAGGAAUCGUCACUGAGGUGCAGUGCAGUACAGCGUUGCAAGCUGAAGCUGGAAGUUGGAAGCUGGUUUUGUUUCCUCUCAGAGAAGAGUCAUGGCCCUAAUUGACUGUGUGGUUAGGCCAGUGAGCUAGGAGAGUGAUAAAGCUGAGCAGCGUUGGAGCAGACCUCAUAUUCCCAGCUCACAGAAUCAGCAAGAAAGACUUUCCCUAAACACUGGGCCUCUUUACCUUCUCCGUCAUCCCCCAGAGUGGAAGGGGGAGCAGUGAAAGUGCUGACCAUGUUGGAAGUCUGAGAAGCUGAAACGAAAUGUGCUCACGCAGGCCACAUCCUUCUGUUUCCUUCUUCGGGAGCCAGCCUGACCACAGGAAAGCCUUCUGCCGUGGGAUGAUGCAUCAAAAGGUCCUCGCAGAUAUGGGUCCCUUGAUCUUGGACUUCCCAGCCUCCAAGACGGCCUUAAACAUAAACAUGAAUUUAGAGUCUAUUCAUCGACUAAUUGAGGAAACACAAAUCUUUCGGAUGCAGCAGUCAUCGAUUCAAUCCCGCUGUGACCCGUCAGCCCCUGCCUCGCCCCCCAGGGACACGUGGACGCCCUGCCCGCCUCUCCAGGGGCUGCAGCCUCAGGCCCCCCACCGUUUCUGCGCGCAUCCACUGCACCCCAACGAGUGGGACGUGUGCGCGGAACUGCGCCUGCGGGAGCUGGAGGAAGUCAAGGCCAGGGCUGCCCAGAUGGAGAAGACCAUGCGCUGGUGGUCAGACUGCACGGCCACCUGGAGAGAGAAAUGGAGCAAGGUUCGCGCGGAGCGGAACAGCGCCAGGGAGGAAGGACGGCAGCUCAGAAUGAGACUGGAGCUGACGGUGAAGGAGCUGAGCGAGCUGCGGAAGAGACAGGGCGCGGCCCCUCAGAAGCAGCCCCCGGCCGCCCCCGCUCCCCUCGCUCCUCUGGCGUCCCGGGAACACGGAGAUGAACCUGAAGUCGCUUCCCAAACGUGUGAGCGUGUGGGGGAGCGCCUGCUGAGAGGACAGCGCCGGACCCGGGAGACCGUGGGCAGUCGGGAAGAUGUCAUUAUUGAUCCACUAAGAUUAAAUGAGGAGAUGAAAUCCAAUCUAGAUAGUCCUGAUUUAUUUAAGAAAUGUGGUUCUGGAAAUUGUGCAAUGAAACCUGAGCUAAGACUACCAGCUAUAAAUCUGCCUUUGGAGAAUGACGUAACUGACGUGUCAACUUUGCAGGUGCAUUUGGAUGACUUCCAGAAAAUCCUUUGGAAAGAAAGAGAAAUGCGUGAAGCUUUGGAAAAACAAGUUGAACGAUUAGAGUCAGCAUUGUCAUUAUGGAAACUGAAGUAUGAAGAACUGAAAGAAUUGAAGCCAAAAAAUGUGAAAGAGCUAGAGAGGCUGCAGGUUGAAAAUACCUUGGAGUGGGACAAGCGAGAAGUAACUGAAGCAGAAAAACAAGGACUGCAGAGAGAGAAUAGAAGGCUGAAGGUCCAGGUGAAAGAAAUGGAAGAGCUCCUGGAUGGGAAACACAGAUCGAAUGCAAGUGCCCAAGGCCCUGAUUUCAACACAUCACAAAUUGAACUGCAGGAAAGAAGCAAGGAACUGUUGGACCUUCAGCAUGCCUACUACGAACUGAGCAGACAGUACCAGGCAAAAACGGCAGAGCUGACUCACGCAAACCACCUAGUGGGUCAACAUGAGGCGGAAGAAGAGAAACUGAGAUUUCAAGUGGAGGAGUUGAAACAGGGACUCAACCGAAAAGAAGCUGAGCUUGAUGAUUCCCUGAAUCAGAUCCGUAAGCUCCAGAGGUCUCUGGAUGAACAGAAAGAAACAAAUGGAAACCUGGAGAUCGAAAUCAAGCACUUACAAAACCGAGCAGGAAGUUGGAAAUGGAAGAAAACUGUGCCCUAAAGUGACCUGACAGUGCUGCGGACAUCUCAUUGGCCAGAUAUUUGUCAGAACACCACACAUAACAGCAGUUAUGGAGUGAGUCUGGAAACUCUAGUUUCUAACAGUGAGUCUGGAAAUUCUAGUUGUCUGUUACAGGUGAAAUGUACAGAACUGAAAUUUGGAAUAUGAUUAUGAAAGAAGAAAAUGGAGCUAUUUCUGACAAAAGCAAAUGUAUUUCCUUUUAGUAUUUGGUACUUAGCUCAUAAUAAUGAAUGCAUUCAUAUGCAUGAACCUAUAUAUGCAUAUGAUAUAUAAUAUGUAUUUAAACACAGAUAUGUAUGAUAUAUUUUAAUAUGUAUUCAUCUUAAGGGUAUAUUUAACCAGCCUAUGCUUUCAGAUGGCUUAAAUUUUUCUGUUAAAGAUACUUCUUAUGCAAAAAAUAUAUAACUAAAUAUACCCUUUAUAAAAUAGGUAAUUUGGUGAGUAUUUAGAAGUUAAUAUAUAAAUAUAUUGGCAUAAUUUGAUAAAUAUUUAAUAUUUGCAUACUACAGAAGUAUUAAAUUUGUUAGGUAGCCAUAGUAAUAGAUACAAAUUACAAUAUAUAUAUGAUGAAAUAUAUUCAGACAUUUGAAUUAUCAAUGCAAACCAAUGUAUUAUCAUUUAUUCAAACUUGGGACAGUCAUUGACGUCUAAUCCAUAUUUACAAGCAGAAAACCCCACUUUUUCAACAUUUCUACUAUCUAAUACAUGUAAUACCUGAAUAAUUUCAAAAUGUUUUCUUUUGCAAGUUUGACAAGCAAGAGAGCAAAUACAAAGAUAAACUGUGUUACCACCUCGUAAUGUGUUCUCAUCAUGAAUUGUGAUUUGUGUUCAACAAAUAAAAGCUAAUGUAAUUUUACAUUUAAAUUUUACAUUACCUGGUUGUCUUACUUAAUUUUUGUUUGUCCUAUACCUAGAAACCAUAGAUAUUGCUUUUCUGAUCUGAAAGUAUGAGUACCUCUACUGGACAUAAACUGCGUGUUCUUCUGUAAUUAGAAUUUCAGCAGGCAGGGGUCAGAUUUUUUUUUUUUUUUUUUUAGAUUUCUAAAUGUUAAGCUUUAUUAGCUUUUUAAUUUAGUUUUCCUUUCACAUAUUUCCUCUUUCAUUUUAGGGCUUUUUUUUAAAGUUCAUUUUGUUUUUGGUAGAAGAUAGAAGAUGCAGCUAGACACCAGCAUUUCAUGUUUGGGGCUCAACUCCAGCUUCUGACUUCAGGCUCCUAUUUAUGUAGACCCUGAGAGGCAUCGUAAGGUCUAAUUGAGUCUGUGCCACCCACAAGGGAUCUCUGGGGAACUGGAUUCAGUUUCCAGCUUCAGUUGCCCACCAGUGGCCCAGCUCUGGCCAUUCAGGGCACUUGGGGAGUGAACCAGCAGAUGAGAUUCUCUCUCUCUCUCCCUCUCCCUCUCCCUCUCCUUCUCCCUCUCCCUCUCCUCCCUCUUCUCCCUCUCCCCCCUCCCCUCCCUCUCUCUCACUCUCACCUCCUUCUGCCCCUCAAAUAAAAUGAAAUUUUCAGGCUCUUCCUCUAUGAAAAGAAGGAAAUGAAUAAAAAAGGCUAAGCCAAAUUCUGGAGAAGUUACAGUGGCUAAAAGGCGUCGUUUGGGUGAGAAAUUAACCUGUAUCUGAUUAUGAUUAGGGAUAGUUGUGACACUCGAACAAAGCUCCAGAAGGUAUUCAGUGACUCAGGAUACCCCACCCUGCCUCACACCGCAGUAUCAAUCUCGCUCUAAGUUGUAAAAGCAAAACACACAUGGAGGUGAAGCCACCACAGUGGUUCCCACCCUCGUGCACCUGUCAUUUCCACACUAAGCAGUGCCCAGCAUGGUGAUGCUCCCAACAUGCAGUAGGGCACUUCAGACUUCUUGAUGAUCAAAUUAGCAGUCACUUCAUCAGCAUUUGCUUGAGUUUCAAGCCCAGUUCAUGUUGGGCACAUGAUAACACAAAUACUCAGUAAUGAUUUUGAGGUUAUUUAGGAGCUUGUAUCAACUUCUAUGGGCAAUGGAUUUUCUCUUAUACUGAUGAAGAGAAGUGUACUUUCUUGGUAAAAUAUUCCUCUGUUUUAAAAAUUACAUCAUUCUAUCAACUCUCUGCCCCAUUUUCUUUAUUACCAGGCAGUCUUUUGAAAAAACGAAAGGCAGCCUAGGUAUUUUUAGGUGUCAUCAAGCUGCCUGACUCUGUUUAGAGUGUCUCAAGGAGAAUGGAGCACCCACAGAAUUCAGAGAGCCCUCAACAUAGACUGGAGGCUGAGUUUAGAGGAAAAAAUUACCAGAUAAUAUUAACAGUCUGAGAAAUCCCAGGACAAUCAGAGACUUCUGUGUGUCUUAGCAGGAAGAGAACUUAGGGACCAAUUUUUUCCUUGCUAUUUGCAAUUUGCAAAUUUUUGCAAAUUUUUCCUUGCUAUUUUCAAUCAAAAAGAAAACAAAGACCCAGAGAAAUUAAAUGGCCUGUGCUGUGGUGUUGCCAUAUUCAUUUAAAUAGAGCUCUUGUGUCCUUUUCUUUGUCUGAUUAUUGAGUUCAGAAGUCAUCUCAUUUAUUAAAACAAAACAAACCCAAUGGCAUAUAUAAAAGAUGUGCUUACUAUUACAUGUCUACUUUGUGGUAUAGAGAAAUUUUAUUUCAAAUAGGGAAAAUUGUUCAUGUUCCUAAGACUUAGAAUGACAGAAGAUGCCAUAAAUCAAUAGUGGAAUUAGCGAUAUAUUAAAAUUGUAUUUGAAAAAAGACAGAAAAUCAAAAUUAGUAUGCAAAGUCAUGGAUGAUUCCAGAAGCCUAAAAACCACUAUGAACUUGGAAAUGAAAGCUCUCUUGCGGCUGCACGUGUCAGACAUCACCAUGAGAAGCCUUUUAAAGACCUCACCUAUUGAGGAAAUGAUGGUUCCCACCUUACCUCGGAGACUUUAACUGUGUGAUGUGUGUAUUUCUAUGUGUAUUUCUUUUGUUGUACCAUUUCAAUAAUUUAAAUCACAGAUUUGAGGAACAUUGACAAAAUUGAGUUUGUGUCUGUGCUUAAAUACAUCAAUUGUUGAAAUUUCCUGGUGAUAAUAAACUCAUUGGAGAAAAUCUACUUUUUUCUUGUUUCAGUCUGCAUGUCCUUGCAUGUGAGAGUUUGAACAUACAUGUGAGCAUGCAUGUGUGUGUGUAGAGGUCACCAAAUGGAAACUGGGGAAAAAGAGCAAAAGUGAUAUUUAAUUAUCCCUAGAAAUAUAGCCUUAUAGUGUGUAAGAGGUAAACCAGCUUAAAAGUCACAUGUAAUGUUGCCUAACUUGGUUUGAUAUUUACAUUUCAAGGCCUCAAUUUUUAGCACCUUGCAAAAGUCCUAAAAGGAUGAACAUGGAAUCUCCAAUCCCCAAACUCCUGAAAAGACAAAGGAGAAGCACAAAGAAAGGCUACAUUAGUUCUAAUGAGUGCAGAUUUUAUUCUCUCGUUCUCUUAAUAAAUCACUGAAAAUGCAACAUUUUCAUGGGAAAGUUAUUAGAACCAGGUCACCACUAACGCCUUUAAACUAGCUCUCAGAGAGCUGCAAAUGGAAAAACGACUUCAUAUGAAUCAAAAGUGAAUGCAUUUGCAUAAUGAACUUUCUUGCUCAUCCAUGGGCAGGCUGAGAGAAUUGUCGGAAAGCUGUAAAAUUACGUUUCUGCUUUGUUUCAGUGCACCUGAAAGGUACAAAAUGAUAAAUCUCAUCUGGCAGGAUUGAUAGUCAACCUUGCUUAAGAUCCUUACAUCUUUUGAUAAUGUUAUUCUGUCAGACCUAGCUGUAUUAUUGCCCAAAUUAACAUAGGUGAAAGCAAGGAUACUGCCAAAACUUGACUUUUCUGCAGAAGAAAAUUAAGCAUCACUGUGGUGGGUUUUAAGCAGGGCAGUAACCUGAACUGACAUAUUUGGAAGGACAAGUCUACCUGUGAACAGAGUGACAGGCAGGUGCAGAAGCAAGGAUGCUAAUCAGGAGAGGACGGGAAACACAGGAGAGAGAGUUUACACUAGCAUGUGGAGACCAGAGAGAAAUUGGAUUUGAGAUAUCUAAAAUAUUUAGAAAGUAAAACCUGUAGACUAGCCUGUGGUAUGUGUGAGAAAAAUAACUUUACACCACUUCCAAGGUUUGUCUGAGGUACUGCAGAGAGAGCACACUCAUCCCAUCAGUUCAGAUGGCAAAGGGACUGCAGUGAAGAAGCUAUAAGUAGAGAGCUCAGGGGUACAGCUUUGGACCAGAUGAUUUUAAGAGGUUUAUUCAGUUUUCAAGCAGAGAGCAUUCCCUUUCUCAUCUGUAAUAUUUGUAUAAUCAAAGUUUACCUUGAGGAUAUAUGCUCUUUGUAAUGAAUUUCCUAAAUAUAUUAUCUAUCUAAUAUAAGCUCCUUGUCUGCCAUCAGGGCAUAUAAUCGAAAUGAUCACCCUUUAAAUAGUUUAAAUGUGCAUUUUUCUACACGUGGGCCAUUUUAUUUUAACGUGGAAUGUGUCUCCAAUUCCUGGGGCUUUAAGCUUUCCUUCUCCUGUAGUCCUUCCCAGAUAUUUCUGCUCAUUUUUUUAAGAAUACAAAUUAACCAAACACUUUCAUAUAGACACACUUGGAAGUGACAAGGGUUGAGAUUAGCAUUGUUCUUUUUUCAAUCAGUCUACAUGGUUAUGAUGAUCGUCUGUGCCAUAGCACAGGAAGCAAAGGUGGAGCCCUUUAGGAAUGACUCACAAGAUUCUCUGACUUGGAGGCAAAUUGUUGCUGUCUGUUUCCUAGGAAUGAUACUGAAGAUUUGGAAAGACUCCAUUGUAGUCCUAAGAUUACAAAUCAAUUGAGAGAUUAUUUUUAAAGGCAAUAAAUAAAUCAAAAAAUCAAGAGAAAAAAAUUCAAGAGUUCCAUCUAUCAGAGUAACAGAAAGUAAAGGUAAUAUAUUAUUUUCCUGACUUCUUAGGCCUCCCCAUUCUUUGAAAUAUUGUCGUAAAAUUCUUAUCAAAAUUGGGAAGUUCGCGUCCCCCACCCGAGUCAUACUAGGAGCAAGAGACAGAAAUGCAUCCGUUCUGAUGGAAUCACAGCUCUCUCCUCAGAAUUACUUCCCUCUCUUUGAUCUCUGGAAGAUUGGUGGUGAUGUCAUGCAAUUGCUUUUUCUUUUUUAGCAGGAUGGAAAAGAACACAACUUACAGAGCCUCAAGAGUAUCUCAUCUCUUUGGUCCCAUAAUUUUUUCUCAUUAUAGAUGAAUUUCCCCCUUGGAAUAUGUGAUAUCUUGAAAACAUUGCACAAAAUGUGUGACUCAUCCAUCUUAAAGAGAUGGCAUGUCAUUUUCCUCUGCUUGAGUGUAGGCUGGCCUUAAUGCCUCACUUCUAGCAAAGAGAACGCAUUGGAGGCUGUUACCCAGGAGACACCUUGGUGGAGAGCUGACAACACCCGUCCACAUAAAGACAGGUGUCCAAGCAGCCCAGCUUCCACCCGGCUGUGGCCCUCUCUGUGUCUACGACCAAACACCUGACUGAGUGAACCUGCACAGAAUUUCCACUCUCAGUCUCCAUGUCUUCCUGAUGGUGCUGCAGAUCUGAUGGAACAGAGACAAUCCAGCUCCCUGUGCCCACCUUGAAUUUCUCACCCAUGAGAUAUGAACAAAAUAGUGAUUGCUGUAUGUCAUGAAUCUUGUGAUCAUUUGGUUUACAGACCCUUUAACUCAAAAGACUAGCUCCUGUCAUAAUAGUGUGUUUUAGUAACCAUCAACAAAUCCAUCAUUUCUAAAUAGAAGGAAUGUUGUCACAUGACAAGAGUUUUCAUCUGCUAUGCACGUCAUAGGGCUCUCAGACACUGCUUGUAUCACAGUGGAAAUACCCACAUCCUCUAAAGGUGUAGAACGUUGCUUUGUAUCAUAGAAGGACUUGUAGUCCCUAUUGACAGAGUGGUUACGUGCUAAAGUCUUUCAUUUUCAACUUUGUGCUCCAAUUUACUGACUUGUUCACUAGAAUCAAUGAUAAAAUAAAAAAAAAAUUCAUUGUUUAGGCAACUGUUUCCAUGCAUAAGAAAAAAAUAAUAAAGAUUUUUGAAAAUAAUUUAUGACAGUUCUUUUUCUCACUGAGAAAUAUAAAAAUGACAUAGCAGUAUAAAAUAAAACAUUCACAACUUGUACUAACUUAUUUUUAAAAAGUACUGACUUGGUUAAUAUUCUCUGAGUAAAAAUAUCUUGACUAUAAACAACAGAUGUUUAGAUUCCUAUGUGCCGACUCAAACCACAGGUAGGAACGUUUUAUUUGAGUUGAAUUCUUAGCACUGCUGAUGGGAAUUAUGAAAUGUAUUUUGCAUCUUUAUAAACAGUACUCUUUUCUAAAUCUAUUUUAGAAUAAAUAAUCUCCACUAGUUUCAAAGGACAGUCACAGAACAACUGAAGAUUCAUCUCAACCACCCGUCAUCUUCACCAUUUGCUGUUUCUUCAGUACAGCAGUAGGUAGCACGAAGGGUAAAUCUGAGUGCUCUGUGUCUCCCUUCUGUGUACUUGCUCCCACCACUGGCUCCCCACUCUGUCAAUCCACAGCAGGCACGGCCACCAGCAGCAAGUGAUGGACAGCAGGAAACCUGGGAGGGAAGAAGGCCUUGAGAGUCUGAUGAGGCAGAUAAUUAGCCUCUGAGUAAUUAAGGCUUUGACUAUUCCUCACAUAAAAUUGAUUACACAUAAGAAACUUAAAAUAGCCCGUGAAUAAGAACCAUCUUGUCUCUUUGAUAACAUUCUCCUGAUUGAGGAUUUUACCCUGGGGGCCGACUUUGAACCUUACAGUUAAGAUGUCACUUGUGACGCCCCCAUCCCAAAUCUGUCUCCACUCUCACUUCCAGCUCCCUGCCAAUAAUGCAUAACCUGGACGACAAGGAUAAUGGUUCAAGUAGUUGGGUCCCUCCCACAUAUGUGGGAGAUUCCAGUGGGCUUCCUUGCCCCAAGUUUUAGCCUGGAUCCAGCCCAACCUUUGCAUUUGUGGAGUGAUCCAGUGGAUAGGAACUCCCUUUCUGUCUCUCUUUAUCUCCAUGUCUCUCUGAAUAUAUUUUUAAAAAGAAUUUUAGCUCAGAAACUUAUUCAUUGUGUAUUAUUUGCUUCUGUAAUUCCACUGAGACACAAAGGUUGCUGUAUCUCCAAGUUGUCUUUCCUUCAACAACUUACAGCUAGUAAAUACAAUCAUGGAAGCCCUGCCAAAAGUUGCCUUUCAAUCUUAGCAUCCUCAAGUACUCCCAAUCAUUUUUCAGAUUUUGAUAUUUAUAAUCUUGUAAAGGAAAUUAAAUUACAGCUUUUGAAAUGCACCAAACAUUAUAAAUGAAUUUGUUAUCCAAAUAUAAAAUAGUUUAAUUGCUGUUCUUAGACUUGUACCAAAUGUACUUUUCAAAAGUAUCUUUUAAUAUUGGGUAUACAGCUCCUCAGUAAAAGUGAUGCUAAAUACAUUUGCACUAGGCACCAUUGCAUUUUAUAAAAGAACUUGGUGAAAAUAGAGCUGUGCUGGCCUUGGCUAGGAUUGCACUCGGAUUUAAAGGUACCCACGUGCAGCCACCUACUUCACACCCCUCUCUGCAUGAUUUCGAAGUUCCUAGGCACUGCAGCACUGUUCCUGAGCUGUCUUAGCUCAGAUCAUUGGGGACUCUCACUGAGGUGGCAGGAAGACAAGCUUCUGGUCUUUCUCGGUAUGCAGCAUGUUGGCAGACAACUGGGUGCACUGGGAACUAUGGAAGCUUCCUGAUGAUCGUUUCCUACAUACAUAUUUCUGGAAAUGUUAGACAUGACAGAAAUCUUUCAAUUUAGAAUAUCUGAAUGCCUUUAAGUAGCAUAACACUCUAUUUAGACCAAACUUAACUACCAGCUGUGUGUGUCUUGACGAGGGUCCUCUUGGGAUUUGCCUACUGAGCUCCACCUCUAAAUGAAUCCAGCGCUUACCUUGGCAAAAUCUCCACACCCUCACAGCCCACUCUGUUGUCACACUGGAAAAGCUAGCAGAGCUAAUAAAAACCAGCAGAUACAUGAAUAAAAAAGAAAACCAAUCAAUAAAUACUUGAAUGAACAGUGCUGCAUCAAUGGAAGUUCUACAGUGUCUGAUGUGAAAUAUUUAGUCAGACUAAAUUCAAGUUCCAGCUCUCCUAAUUCCUGGUGUUAAUAUUUGGAGCACGUAAUUUAAUCUCACUGAUACUCCAGUCUCCACAUAUAAAAACAAAACAGUAAAGAAUCAACUCCGUAUAUGUCUGUUAUGGAUAUUAAAUGCAAUCAUCCAUGUCAAAAGGCAACAUGCUGAUUUUUAAAAAUAAUACAUUAUUUUUCAUUAAUAAAGAGUGCUAAGUUCUUGAGUGAUCAUCGGUCCCAGACUGAUGUGCUUUCCAAAAUUUGGUGACUUUCUUUGCAUUAGUAGCCUAUUAUUUCUUAAUGUGAGAAAAUAUGUUGUUAAUUUUCUAGUUGAAACUUGUCAUAUGUAAUUAGGUGUGAGGCUUGCUGAAAACUUAGUAUAUGGGCC